AUGGAGCUUCUCGGCCAUGUGACAUCAAAAGGUGCCUCUGCCGCAUCGUCGGCAGCAGCGGGUGUGGCCGCAGCUGUUGGGGGAGUGAGGGAUCGGACCAACAGCGCGCUCACUCGAGCAGCGCAGGCAUAUGAGGCACACCACUACGAAGAGUUGCGCACCUAUCUUGCAGAUUUCUUUACGGACCGUGUGGACCUAAAGGCAUUGAGGGACGCAGGCUAUGGCCGGCACGGCGCACUUUUGAGGGGUGCCAAAAGCGAAGCCCUUGAGCGCUUGGUGAGCCUUUCGAGACCUAUCCGAGCCCGGGUGAUGCUUGCUUUGCGUGAGACCAUCAAGGAUGCGGCUCUGUCAGAUCCCGACAUGUGGAACUGUGCUCGUUGGCGUUUGGAGAGUGUUAUUGAUCUGUUCUGGGAUGACCUGACCGUCUAUGUGGAGUCUGUGGUAGGUGAUGCAAAGGACCAGAUGCUGAAAAGAGGAGCCGAUCACUCCGCCUUGAAAUCUUUGGGCCUUCGCCCAACCUGUCUGAGCUUUUCUUGGUUCCGUGCAAAGCUGCUUUAUCACUAUCUGCCCUUUGACAGCUCGAUCUUCGGACAGAUCAAGGACCCGCUUUUUUGGAUCCUGACAGCGAUAAGUGUGACACCGAUGUAUGGAAUCCGUGUGGCAUUCUUUGCUUUGGUCCUGUUGUGCAUAGUGGCCGGUGCACCGCCGGAUGAAUAUCAGACCGUUUGCUUCAUCCUGAUGUUCAAAGGUGCCCAAUUCUUGUCCAGCGGUGUUUUCAUGGCCUGCUUGGCAGCCUUCGAAUACUACAUGUGCGUGAAGCCGGGUGGGACACACACCUGCGACACAGAGGGCCCUGGUGUCUCACAGGGUCUGGCCACAAGCUCGGUGGACUUCGUCGGCAGCUGCGCUCUGGUUUGGUUGGCCUUCCUCCUGCUCCCGUGCACACGCAGCUUCGCGGGGGCGCGCGAGAUCACUGCUCAGAGUGACGUGAAGGAAGAGGAGCAGUCCGGGGCCGAAGAGCGGUGCUGCCUUUAUGACAGGUCUCGAGGUGGCCGGCUCGCUGGCUUGCUUGGCUAUGACCUGUUUACUUUUGUCCUGAGCUGCGCCUUGAUCUACGUCCUCACGGUUCUGGAUGUUUCUAAGGAAGCGACGGUGCAACUGGAACAGGUGGCCAUAAACAAAGACCUUUUGCUCUCCGACCUGCAAAACUGGCAAUUUCGUUCGAGGUUCUUUUUCGGACGUAUUGUGUACGGUUUGUUGUCCUUUCCGUUUCUUAUCUUCCAGCUACCCGUGCUGAAUGGCAUUCUCACUCACACGAACCCCACAGGGUACAACCCGCAGGGGCUUUGUGUGCCGUACCUGUUGCGGCCAAUGGAGGAGGCGAAGUCCCCGUGA